AUGCAAAGGCACGAUAUUCCAGGGAGAGAGUCUGUCAAACAAGACAUAUUCUGCCUUUCUAUGCUCAGAAAGGAGCUUGACAUACAGAAGGGUUGUGUGAUCGACCAAAGAACUCCAUUGAGAGUUCUACAUAGAAGGGCCAAUCUAGCCAGGGAAAAGAAGACUUGCAUUCUUGAAUGUGAAAGGAAAGAUGUAGACGGGUGGAUCUAUUGUCGAAUUAAACUUGAGGCCAGUGCAGGAACUUACAUAAAGGAGUUUGUGAAUGGGGAUUUUGGAAGGACGACCCCAUCAUUGGGAAGUAAGGAAAACUACUACGAUUUACUUGAGUUGGAUGUUCUAAGAGUGGAAAAGAAAAGUAUAAGAGACUUUCUGACUCGAAGGAUUAAGCUGGACAUCAUUAGAUGUUGA